CACUGCAUUUUGGGAACGCGUGGUAUUCUGGGAGCGCGGGGUCCGCCAUUCGCCUUCUGCACGCCUGCAGCUUCGUAUCUUCCGUGCUAGGUUCUCGCGCCAAAGAGGAGAAAGAGGAAAAGGAGACUCCAGUCGAAUUCUCUCCCUGUCAAGAUGUCUAUUGGUGUGCCGAUUAAAGUCCUGCAUGAGGCUGAGGGCCACAUUGUGACAUGUGAGACAAACACUGGUGAAGUAUAUCGGGGGAAGCUUAUUGAAGCGGAGGACAACAUGAAUUGCCAGAUGUCCAACAUCACAGUCACGUACAGAGAUGGCCGAGUGGCACAGCUGGAGCAGGUGUACAUCCGUGGCAGCAAGAUCCGCUUUCUGAUUUUGCCUGACAUGCUGAAAAAUGCACCCAUGUUAAAGAGCAUGAAAAAUAAAAACCAAGGCUCGGGGGCUGGCCGGGGAAAGGCUGCUAUUCUGAAGGCCCAAGUGGCUGCAAGAGGAAGAGGACGUGGAAUGGGACGUGGAAACAUCUUCCAGAAGCGAAGAUAAUUUACUUCACUGAACAGAACUGUUCCUACUUUUUUUUAGGGGUGGGUACCGGGGAUUGAACUCGGGUCCCUUGUGCUUAUGAAGCAGCCGCCGGAACCACUGAGCUAAAUCCCCAGCCUGUCCCUACUUUUUUUAUUUGGGUUAUCUAAGUUUAGGGGGCUGGGCACUUGUGUGUAUGUCUUAGGUUUUCUUUGACAUCUUUCUCUAUUUUUUUUCUUUUUGUCUGGUACUGGGAAUCAAACUUGGGAUCUUGCGCUUGUGUGCAGGAGCGCAACUGAGCUACAUCCCCAAACCAGCAUCUUUCUCUUUAGAUGAGUGGAAAUGUUAAACUAAAUAAAUCUGGUUGCUCCAUUUUUGAGAAAAUGAAAGUUAUGUGUUCAUUUUAUAGUUUUCUUUGAUGGCAAGUUAAAUUUUGACACCUGGGAGAGUGCCAACACUUUGAUAUAGCCCAGAUAUGGAUAAAAAGUUUAAGCUGCUAUUCCAAGCUAUUUAUUGGUUGGGCCAGAAAAGCUCACCUCAGAGAAGUUCUAAAAAAUAUGUACUGAGUCUCAUUCAUUUU